GACCAUCAAAUUUUCAAACGAAACAAAGAAACAUAAACCAAAGCUAAAGAUACAUAAUUUAUCGAUCUUUGGAGGGAGCCGUCAGAUCAGAAUCUGAUCAUGGACAAGGUGAUGAGAAUGUCAUCAGAGAAAGGAGUUGUGAUCUUCACCAAAGACUCUUGUUGUCUUUGCUACGCCGUGCAGAUCCUUUUCCGUGACCUUAGGGUUCAACCAACCAUCCACGAGAUCGACAAUGAUCCUGACUGCCGCGAGAUAGAGAAGGCCUUAGUCCGUCUUGGCUGCACCAACGCUGUUCCUGCUGUUUUCGUCAGUGGUAAGCUGGUGGGUUCGACCAACGAAGUCAUGUCGCUUCACCUAAGUGGCUCUCUUGUUCCAUUGAUCAAGCCGUACCAGUCAUUUCAUAACUAGAAAAUGAAUGGAUCCUUAAACAAAUGAUAAUUGCCAUGUUGAUUAGAAAGUAAAUAAUGAUGGAAAUAGUACACGUAAAUGUGUAUGACGUUCUUAUAUAUAUAUAUAUAAGUUACUUUUUAUAUAUUUUUUUGUAGCUGAUCAUGUCUAAGAAGUUUAUAACUAGCUAGAUUUGUAUUUCCCAGCUUAAUCAAUCAGUGGAUGAACUGAUGUGUUAUCUAAUGUAAUGGAAAAAAUUAUAUAUCAUAUGUUUGUAUUGCCUUUGGUUUUAA